UACAAGAAGAGUUAGUGCUCUUUAACACUCUUGAGCUUAUCAUGAUAUAAGUAUCCGCUUUCAUCCAACAAACACUUUCCCAUCCGUUCAUGUGUUUGUGACUCUCGAGAGAAGAAGGAAAGAAAACAAAAACAGAAAAAAAGAAAACAUUUCAUCAUCAUCAUCAUCAUAACGCAUAAACUGUGGUUGAAUUUCAAAGAUUUGGGGGGAAGGAAGCCAUGGGAGAUGAAUUCAGCAACUCGGGUAAUGGAAACUGGUGGAAGGCUUCGACCUCGUCUUCAUCUUCGACGUGUUUGUCUCCGGGGAUUGGCUGCGGAACGUUAGGGGGCUUUGGUUGGGCCCCGGAGACAACGCCCGAGAAUAUUAAUAAAGAGAGAUCGAGCUCUAUCGAGUCUGGCGGUUCGGUUGUUUUCCUUGAUCAUAAACUUCAUCAUGAUCCGUCAUCUGAUCAUCAUCAACAUGUUCAGAUGAUAGGUUUAGGCCUUUCUUCCCAACCCUUUGAUCAAUGGAACCAAUCCCUUCUACGAAGCGACAAUAAAGCGGAGACAAGCUUCCGAGUGAUGGUAAACUCAAACGCAAACGCAAGCACAGACGUCAGCAUGAACGCAUCUUCGUCCUACCAACAAGAAUCAGGUUCGUCACAAGCAUCGUUAUGGCGAGAUUCUUCAGCGAACGUGGAAUUCAAAACGCAGUUGAGCAAUCGCGGGUUCUUCUUGGAUCAUACGCAGUUUAGCCCUCACGCGAGCUCGAGCGAUAGCACCGUGACGUGUCAAAGUUUCGCGAUGGACAAUUCCUCCACCACUCUGUACUCAAACCCUAAUUCGUCAUCGAAUGUGUUUCAAGGAACGUUCUUGGGGUCUGACCAACCUGAUCGAAACCAGUCGUCGUCUUUGAGCUAUUCACAGUACGGAAACUUCGGUCUGAGUCCUUUGCGUUUCUCUAACAACACAACGUUCUGGAACCCGACGGCGGCGGCGCAUGACGUGUCGCCGAGAUUCUUCCCGGCGGCCGCGUUACAGUCGCCGGAGAUUCAGGCGCCGAGUUUCGAGGAGAAGCCAAAGGUACGUAAGUGA